GAAUUUCACAUAUUGAUAAUACACAGAUAAGUUACGAGACUUUAGUCAUAUAUAAUAGAAGAUGUCAGAUCCAAGUUCAAUUAAUGGUGGGUCCGCCGUUGCCAUGGUUGGUAAAGAAUGCAUAGCUAUAGCUUGUGAUUUACGUUUGGGUAACCAAUCAUUAGGAUUAUCUAAUAAUUUUGAAAAAAUCUUCCAAUAUGGGGAUAAAACUUUUUUGGGAUUAACUGGGUUAGCAACUGAUGUUAUUACUUUAUCCGAAAGUUUUAGAUUCAAGAACAAUUUAUAUAAAUUAAGAGAAGAAAGAGAGAUUGAACCCAAAACAUUAGCAAAUUUAGUUAGUUCAUCAUUAUAUGAAAGAAGAUUUGGGCCAUAUUUUGUUGGACCAAUUGUUGCAGGAUUAGAACUGAAAACCAACAAGCCAUUUAUUUGUGGAUUUGAUUUAAUUGGAUGUAUUGAUUUUGCCAAAGAUUUUAUAGUUAGUGGUACUGCCACCGAUCAAUUAUACGGUAUGUGUGAAUCACUUUAUGAACCAAAUUUGGAACCAGAAGAUUUAUUUGAAACUAUAAGUCAAGCCCUUUUAAAUGCGGUUGAUAGAGAUGCAUUAUCGGGUUGGGGUGCAGUAGUUUAUGUUGUUACUAAAGAUCAAGUUGUUAGAAGAGUUUUGAAAACUCGUCAAGAUUAAUUUUAUAUAAAUUAAAUGUUUAUUAAUAAUGCUAUAUACAAAAUGAAUCCGUAAUUCG